CACACCCGAUAGGUUUUGCGGUGCGGGAUGAUGAUGUAGGCGCGUCUUAACGACACAAACUUCAUUCUUUUCACUUCACUUUCCUCAAGCGAACUGAUACGCGUGCUUCUUCUGCAGCGGAAUAUAGACCAAAGGCUGUCUUCUAAUACAUUUCACCGAUGCAUUGAGCUGCUAGGACAUCGUUUUCUUCUUUUUAACGAAUGAUAUCGCGUGUCUUACCAGGACAAAGCGCAGAUAACAAACAUGAAGCCCUUGGCAUUGCUGGCACUUCUGCUCAUCAUGAGUGGUUCUGCAGUGGGACAAACGUUGAAAUCUAAUGCGACCGGCUUUGUUGGAAAGGAUGUACUUUUAUCAUUUAACUGUUUUAAUGUCCCUAAAGAGCUGAUAUGGCAGAAAGGUGAUAGAGUAGUGAAUGCUCAUUCGCAAGACAAAAUCAACAUAGAUGAUUCCUACGUGGACAGGACGCAACUCUUCCUAAACGAGGAGAAGAGAAACUGUUCCCUGCUGCUCCGCAACAUCUCUACAGCAGAUGCAGGACUGUACACCUGUCAUGCCCUAGACAGUGUUGAUAACAACAUCUGGUCAAAGGAGUCUACAGAAGUUAAUUUAACAGUGGAGAGCAACCCUGAAAAAGUCGGCCAAACCGAAGAAGAAUCUGUCACAGCUGUCUCUGUUAGUGUUCCCAUAGCGGUAGUAGUGCUUAUACUGGCUGUUAUCCUGCUUCUAAUCCUACUGAACAGAAGACAACAUCGGACAAACACGGACACCGAUGAUUUACCGAUUGAGAAACCUAUGCUACAGAAUGUGUGACGUGCUCUUGCUUGACAGUUUAAUGGACUAACUUCUAUGUUGUAAUGCAAGGUCCUUCACAACAACAAUGGACAAUAAGAGGCCUUAGCCCUAAACAAAUGCAUUCGCAUGUGGGCAUUACACAGCGGUGCGUGCCGAUCCGUCUCGCUUCGAGACAGAUUAAUGUGCAGUCUUCAGUUGUAACACUGUUACUUGAUUACUGUUACCACUGAAUUGUGAAUACACUGUGAUUAUACAUUCAGUAGGCAUUACAGUUUUGUAAUUUGACAAGAUUCUCCUUGUAGAAACUGUCUUUAUUCAUUCUUUGAAGAACAGAUGUAAUAGGUAGGGGACGUGCAGUUUAUAUUUUGCCUUUUCCUCUCUCUUUGAGGCACACUGGUGGUCUCAAUCCUAAACAAGCUUUCAAAUCAGUUUAUUUUAUUGUUCAUAUGUGUACAGCAAUCAUUUACUAAGCACUCAUCAUGUAAGCUUCUUUACAUUUACUCUUGUAUGGGUUGUUUUACUCAGCCUGUGCUGAUUUCAUUUAUGUGGAAGAAAUAAUAUGGCACUCCCUAUGGGAUAUGUUUGCUUUUUUUACUGUACUAAAUUUCAUUUACUUUUAAAUGAAUUCUGUAAAGUACUUCAAACCUGCCGAGGCAAUAAACCUUUUACUU